UGGAUGAUGAUCUGGGAAACAUGUGCUUUGAAGAACAAGAGUGUGCAGUUUCCUUUUUGGUGCUUCUUGCUUCAGGUGUGUUUCCCUUCUUUCAUCUACGUUCACUUACACUCUCUCUUUCUAUGGUAUACAGCCGGUAGUAAUAGUAGUAGCAGCGUUAGCAGCAACAGUACCUGAUUUCCCUUUUCAUAAUUCCCCCUUCUUUUGAAGCAUUUCAAUUACUCUUCUCACUCCAAAAACAUACAGGCGUUUGCAAGCGAACAAGGAGGCUGCGGCCGUGGUGGCAUAUUAUUUGCUGCAUAACAAUACUACGUAUGGCUCUCUACUCGCUUUUUGUGACCUUGUCCCGUUUCGAACGGGUUUACUUUAUCCGCGGUCUGUGCUGCUAAUUCUCCCCCAGCGUCAAAGGGGGCUUGGGGGUGGAUUCAUGCACAUUUCGUGCUUCAAACUCACCUAUGCGUACCGUCGCUCUUCGUUUAGAAGGAUCAUAUCCCCCAGGAAGAAGAUGAACAGGGCGUCUUUGUGUACAAUGCGAG